UAUAUUCUUGUUAGUACAGGAGACAUAUAAAAUGUAACGUGUCACAAUUGUAUUCAGAUCACCUCGAAAUGUGGCGAUUAGGGGCUUUGCUACUGGCUGUUGUUGUGAUAGAAAAUGUUACGGCCGAAGUUAGACACGGUGACCUCAAAAUAGUGGAACGAUUCAAACGCUCCCCCCAUUACUGUCCUCCCCCUCCCCCACCACCGCCACCAUAUUGGCCUCCGCCGCCGCCCCCUCCUCCCCCGCCACCGCCUCCGUACUGGCACCACCAUCACCCACAUUUCGAGAGAUAUCGAGAAUACAACGACAACCAAAACAAGCCAUGUGAUACUUGCGGAGGAGCAGGAUAUUCAGGAAGCAAUGCGGAGAGUAACGCCAAGAGUGAGACAGGAGAUGCUAUAGCUGUCGCUGUCGCCAGAGCUAAAGCACAGAGUAGGAAAUAAACUAAAAGACAAAGUAGAUAAGAUUUUGUCUAUCGAUUGGACGUUGUAUAUAUUAAGAGUAAUAAUGUUGUUUAUUUGUACGUAGAAUUGAUAUUUAAAAUAAAAGUGUUGGAAUUACAUAA